AUGCAUCUCUCCAACACCCUCACCCUCACCCUCACAACCCUCCUCACCCCCGCGCUCUCAGCGCGCUUCUUCCCCUCCGGCUUCGGGGGCCUCGGGACCAGACCCUUCCCAACCGAAGCCCCGAUAGCAGAAGCCGCGCACUCGAUCUUCGCAGCGCAGUCCUCACAGGGGUUCGCAGGAUUCGGCGUCUCCUCGAGCUUCGCCGUGCAGUCUUCGGGGACUCCUAUCGCACACGGCGGGUACUCCAGCUUCAGUGUGCAGCCGUCGCAGGGUCCUGUCGCUGUCCCCAGUGUCCAUUCGACUUUUGCUGUGCGGCCCUCGCAGACGCCUGUUGGAUACGGUGUUCAUUCUAGCUUUAUGAUGCAGUCCUCUCAAGCGCCCGCUGCUCCUAGUGUGCACUCGACCUUCGUCGCACAGCCUUCACAGGCCCCUGCUGUCCACAGUGUUCACUCGAGUGCUGCUGCUCCUCGGCAAUAUCACGCGCCUGUUGCGCACAGUCCGUCGGGUGGACACGGUUCCCUUGAUUCCCCUACAGGCGAUGUCCCCGCCAGCGGCCCCGUCGACGACACGAACAGCGGCAUCCCCGACGGCGGCUCAGUAGCACCCAUCGACCCGCUCGCCCCCAACUCGCCCGUAGCACCCAUGAAGUGGACGCCGUCGAACGGGAAGGACGAAGGCGGCUCGUUCUGUCUGGGAAAGUGUUAUCCGAGUGAGGAGAAGGCGCAGUGUGGGAAGCCUUAUGUGAGUAUUUCCCGCUCAUCUACCCGUGCUCUUAAUAGUAAAUAA